GGUUAUAAUAUGAUUGAUUAUUAUGGAGAAGCAUUAUUUGAUUAUCCAUCAUUUCUGAAAGAACUUAAUAUUGGCAAUGUACAAUGUUCAAUUAGUCAAUGGUGGAAUGAUGCAACAGAUUAUAGAUUACGUCAUAAAACUAAAGUUCCUGUAUUGGAAUCAGCUAUUUUUGAAAUGUUAUUCAAUAACAAUUAUGGAUUGAGAAGUUUGGAUUGUCGAUUACAAACUUGUUACAAUAUACCAAAUUUUUCAAGUUUCAAAGGAAUUCAACGAUCAAUUUCUCGACUCACUGAACUUCGAAUAGAUUGUUCAUCAAAUGAUAAUGAAGGUUAUAUGAUUGAAUUGAUAGAUGUUAUAAUCAAGAAUUCACAAAAUAUCCACGUGUUGGUGAUUACUCCACCACCACUUCCACAACAGCAAUAUGAAACUGAUGUACUUUCAAGUAAAUUACAAACAUUGAUUGAAUCACAAAAUAACUUGGAAGCUAUUUAUACCACUUUACCAUAUUCAGGAAUAUUUGAUCCAAUAAGAUCUGCUUCAAUAUUUUCAGCUUUAAUAAGUCAAACAGAUAGUAUAACAGAAUUAGAUCUUAGAAAAAUGUUUAUUGAUUGGAACUCGUUGGAAAUUUUAGCAAAAUGUUAUAAUUUGAAAUCAUUAACUUUGAAAGCUGUUGGAUCACACGCAGUUGAAGGAAUGGUUGAAAACACUAUAUUUAGUGAGUGGAUUACGUAG